AUGUAUCAAUUUGUUUGGGCAAAUUCAAAGGUGGUUGGAAUGAGGACUUACGCCGACACGCGCAUCUAUCGCGUUUCUAUUGAUGUAGUCAAAUCUUCUGUUGAUAGUGAUGGAGGCAUCUUGAAACAAGGCUAUAAGAGAAAUCGCCCUCGUCAGGGCGAAUCACAACGUCUUCAGAUCCUCCAGUGGAAUGCUGGAGGAAUGUCUCCGGAAAAAAAGAUCCAAGUACAGAAAAUCCUACAAAGAUAUGAUGUAGACAUUUUCACAGUUAUGGAAGCUAACAUUUCGGAUGACAAACUGAAGUACUACCAAUUCCCUGGCUAUACCCUGUACAAUCUACCUAAGUACCAACAAGUUGCAAGUGGAAUUUUGAAUGGAGAAAAAGAAGGCCUCACCUCACACUACGAUCUAAUCAAGUGUAUGGGCUCGACACAAGACAUAUGCGAAAUAAUCAGAUUAAAUGUUUGGAAAUGUCAAUACCACUUCAAGGUAUAUGCAAUCUAUAAUCCACCCCAGAAUUGUCCCAACUUUGACUUUCUGAACAUCUCACGCAAAACUAUAGUAUUAGGAGACUUCAACGCCCAUUCCAACAGAUGGGGCUACAAGGAUACAAACAUAGCUGGAAAAGAAAUCGAAGACAUGCUAAACAGCAACCCUCUGGAACUUAUUUACAGCAAUGAGGAUCCGGCUACAUAUUUGCACUACAAUGGAACCAGAACAACUCCUGAUUUACUCUUGGCUUCAAGCGACAUCAGUGAGCACACACACCGCAAAAUAAUUGACGAUCCUGGUUCUGGUCACAAACCAGUCAUUGCUAGUAUUACCAUCGGCAGCAAAAGCAUGACAAGAAAAGUGACAACUAAGCUAUCAUGGAACUUCAAGAAGGCUGACUGGUCUAGAUUCACUAACCUUUUAGACAAUGAACUUCACACAAGUCCCCUCANUGUCUUCAUCAAUGAUAUAGCCGAAUUGGUACAGACAGUCACGGGUAUCAAGUGCUUACUUUACGCAGAUGAUCUCGUACUAUGCUCUCUCGUCUUUUCUAUCCGUUUGCUCUUACAGAUGCCUAGACAAGUUAUCAAUCGACCAGUUUAUAUCGUUAAACGUGCUCCUCCAUCACAACCGAAUCUUCUUCCUGUGAGAAGCCUACCAAAUCUACCGCUGAAUCACCAAACUAAUGGUGAUGUUGGAACUCAAGCUCCAGCAGAGCCUUCUGCCGCACAAGCAAGUGGAAAUGCUAUUUCUUUGGCAAAAUUUCUCAAUCACAUUUUGACCAGUAGGAAGGCAGCCACUGGUGAACGUGCACAAGUCACACAAUUGGUUCAAGACCUUAUUGACGGUAAGGUUUCUUGUGAUGUCUUCCUUGUCCAAUUGUAUUCGCACUUGAAAACCUCAGGGAGACAAGAUGUGGACAAUUUAUUCUACACUGGUCUCCCUAAACUUCGAAUGAACUUAAUUAAUGGGACUGCAGCGAUUCCUAACAUCAGACCUCCUAAUCCAAGUGUGCUUGUGGGAGCCUCAACUAUAACCACUACCGCCACAGUGGUGGCAACAUCUACAGUGUCGCAAGCUCGACCUGCAAUAAUUCAUACUCCGUCUCAGUCCUCUGCUUCUCACAAUCUUCCUCCACCUUCACCUGUUGUUGUGGAUAAUCUUCCCCCCAAUUCCACUUUUCAACUCUCCACUUCCUCUAAACCUAUCCGUCCUGCUCCCUUACGGCCUAUCACUCCACGUUUGCAUACUUCUCUUUUCUCUCCACGUGCUGCAGUCACCAAUUCACCUACUCCUAUCCGACUUCUACUGCCAGUGUCUACAAUAACUAACACCACUCGUCUACAACUCCGUCAUAAGCCUCCUACAAAUCACUCCACUGCUCUAUUUCGAAGUGAGUCUGGCACAACCCUCAUUGCUCCCAAUCCUCCUACUAUCCUACUACCUCUGGGCACUAAAUUGCGUACGCUUAUCCCCUCCCCUCUGCCUCCUUCAACUCCCUCUAUUACCUCUUCAUCAGCAGAACCGGCGCCGAACUCUACUCUCACUCCUCCNGCGAUUCCUAACAUCAGACCUCCUAAUCCAAGUGUGCUUGUGGGAGCCUCAACUAUAACCACUACCGCCACAGUGGUGGCAACAUCUACAGUGUCGCAAGCUCGACCUGCAAUAAUUCAUACUCCGUCUCAGUCCUCUGCUUCUCACAAUCUUCCUCCACCUUCACCUGUUGUUGUGGAUAAUCUUCCCCCCAAUUCCACUUUUCAACUCUCCACUUCCUCUAAACCUAUCCGUCCUGCUCCCUUACGGCCUAUCACUCCACGUUUGCAUACUUCUCUUUUCUCUCCACGUGCUGCAGUUACCAAUUCACCUACUCCUAUCCGACUUCGACUGCCAGUGUCUACAAUAAAUAACACCACCCGUCUACAACUCCGUCAUAAGCCUCCUACAAAUCACUCCACUGCUCUAAUUCAAAGUGAGUCUGGCACAACCCCCAUUGCUCCCAAUCCUCCUACUAUCCUACUACCUCCGGGCACUCAAUUGCGUACGCUUAUCCCCUCCCUUCUGCCUCCUUCAACUCCCUCUAUUACCUCUUCAUCAGCAGAACCGGCGCCGAACUCUACUCUCACUCCUCCCGCUUCCUCCUUCUUGUCUCCUCAUACUACUGUGUCCUCCACGACAAACGUGUCUUCUUCUUCUUCCAAAUCAAUUUCCUCACCUCAACCAACUGUUUGCAGUCAACUAGAUCAACCUUUCUUCCCUGUCUCUCAGAUUCGACUCUUUCUUGCUUCCAAGUUGCCACCUAACGAGGUGGCUUCCUUCACGGAGGNAGGAGCUUACUCACUCAAGAUGCAUGAGUUCGAUCAGGAGAAACGGUGUGAGCUCCAAACGGAGUUUAUUCACGAGGCUGCAAAGGCAAGUUGUGUAUUUUUUUCACUUAAAAUUAAUAAAGAUACUCGAAAACGCAAUGGGAAUGGCGAAGAGGCCAAAAUACGAGAGAUGGCAAUUCAGUUAAAAAAGGAGAAGGACGAGCGUGAACGUCAAGAGCAGGCCAACUUGACAGCUCUUUCAGCUAUUGGCACUUUGCCUAAUAAGCGACCCCGUCUCUCGACGAAUCUGUCAACCAGUGAACAAACCAUAAUCACGACUGGUGGUAAUCUCAGCAGCAAUCUCAACUCAGCUACAAGUUCCACUGGUUUCUCGCUGAUCAAUUCUACAUCUUCUCUGUGUUUGGUUCAACCUUCUUCCUCAAGCAAUCAGAUUUCAUCUACACCAUGUUUUAAUCUCGCCGAUUGGGUACGUGCAAGGCGGGCUGGUUUGCGUGAACUCCAGGUGGUUUUGAGCAAGGAUAGGCGUCUGUGUCGAUCUCGAGCUCUAUUUCGAACCUACUUGUCUAUUGGCACUUUGCCUAACAAGCGACCCCGUCUCUCGAUGAAUCUGCCAAGCAGUGAACAAACCAUAAUCACGACUGGUGGCAAUCUCAGCAGCAAUCUCAACUCAGCUGCCAACGCUGCUACAGCUAUAAAUGAAAAUAUCAUAAAUCCUGCCAUUUGA